AUGUCUUCUUCUUCCUCCAGUGACGAUGGAGCAAAUCCAGUUGAUCUCGCCAGCAACAUCGGCACCUGGGUCGCCGCUGGCGUGGCCAUCAUCGCGUUAGUCGGUGUAGUCGGUCCAUACCUUGCACUGCAAGCGUCGAUGAGUGAUAAAAACCGCGCCAUGAAUGCGGUGCAGGAUCAACAGGAGAAAUAUAUCUCUAGAGGCUGGCGGUUGACGAGAGGACUACGAGUCUUUAGGAGGAUUCGCGUGCCGAACCUUGCACCGGGUUACAUCACCAAUGAGCCGGAUACUGCCCCGCUUAUACCGCCUUUGAGUGCAGCUUUGGGACGCUGGGGGUUCAAGACGAGGGAUUAUUUACCGUGGAAUACGGGCUGGGCUAAGAUGUCUGAGCUUAUUGAAUCUUAUGAAGUGCGGGAUGGGAUUAGCAACGGACUGGUGGACUUGGACGUACCCAAGACUGGCGGAACACUGGAAGUUGUCAACAGUCGAACUGCUUUGGUGGUGAAUAAGCAUUGGAUUUUGAUCUUGGGUCUUCUCGGCCGUUAUGGAGACCGUGUUGACAAAGGGAUCCUGCAGCGAAAGGGAAUCAGGAGGAACUUUGAUGGGGAACGAGCAUCGAUUCGACAUUUCGCUUUACCGAGAAAAGCCAAACAAAGAGAAUCUGAUUUACAUUUCGAAUGGGUCCGCAAGAAACAGACUCACGCAAUGAGCAGAAUGAGAGCUUCUUCUAGUCGAGACUCAGCAAGCUCUAGAUCCUGGUCAGACAGUGAACCAGACUCUGAUGGAACAGUGAUGGCUGUGCGUCGAAGUGCUUAUGGCACAAUCACCCUUGAAACUACUCCCCAACCUACAAUAUACGGUAUAACGGGCAAGCUGCAGCAGCUUGGUCGACACAAAGGAUCUUGGAGUUAUUUGACUUCUGUUUCGUUUGUGCCGCAUAUUGCGAAGGAGAUCUUUGAAGCUGGUGUCGAUGAGCGGAGGGAAAGUGCCUCGCUGCAGACUUUGUUCUGGCUCGCUCAUGGAUUUUUACCGUGUGGUAGAACAGCAGAGGGACGACAGAUGGUGAUAUCUUUAGAAGCCCCAGAUCUUUCUCUUGUAUCAAUUGGUAGGAAUAUCGAUGAUAUCUUGGCCUGGCCUGCAUACUCUCUCCAAGAGUCGGAUGAUGUUCCCGUCUCAAUUGGUAUUGCAAUGCAGUGCCUUGGUAUUCCGGAGCCACAAAUAUUGCAAUUCCUCCCACUUGAUGCCGCGAGCCAGGCAAAACGAGUGUUGGAAAAAACUAGCCAUCACUCUUAUGACGGGACUCAGAGUCCAGCAGAUGAAUCGCAUGAAAGGAGUCGCCAAUGGGAGCGCGAGCAACCAGCACAACAAGCCGGCCUUAGCCUCGAUGGCCCCUGGGUCCGCUACUCAAAUCCAUCACAGGAAAACUUCUGCCUAUUCCGAAGACGCGAUUUUGAGAAAACCUUGAGACUUGUACUCACUGUCGACUGGGAUAACUGGGGGUUCUUGAUAUGGAAGGAUAAGUUCUGGAUCUCGAUUCUACGGCGGACCACGAGUGUUCUGAAGAUCAACGAGAUAUGCAACUCUGAGUUUGGGCAAGCCUUCGGACUAGCAUCUCACUCUCGAGUCUUUGACUGGAAGCAAAGUGGCAAGUUCUAUCCACAGAGACUAGCAGAUCAGCUGGCCUUUGACAAGUUUCUGACCGAUUAUCUCGACACGUAUGAUCUGCGGGCUCUUCGCCUUUCGCUUGGAGUUCUUUACAUUUUGGAUGCACAGCUUAGAGAGAGCACCCUGAAAGUAUAUGGCAAUCUGUGCAAUGAUGGAGAAAACCACGAUCCGCGUUCCCAAGCAAGGCUAAAGUACCUUGAAACAGCUCUGGAGGAGAUUGAGGCGGAGCACCGGAUCCAGAAGAUCAUGCACAAGAAUGACGAAACACCGUAUAUGAACAAGAAGAUGGCGGGAAUCUCAGAUUCCGAGUCUGUUGAAGAAGUCUAUACGCAUAUGUUGAUAAGGGCCGUGGAUACGGAGACGCUGGACCGUUUCAACAUCGUCUAUGAACCAGCCGAUGAUUUAUUGUACCGCAUCACCGGAUACAUCGCCCCCUGGGAGCAAAAGAUUCUGUUUCAACAUACCUCUCUACGCCGAGAGCUCAACCAAAUGAAAGGCCGUAUGGCUGGCGGCGUGUUGGAGUAUACGUAUAAGACGAAGCAACUGAAAUGGUACUCUGAUAAGACCUCUAUGUUGGAGCAUACCACUUGGCAGUUGAGCCCUCAAGAUGUAGUCAUGGCUGGAGAGAAAGAGUCAAUGUGGAUUGAGGAGAAGGAUAUGGUUAUAGUGGCGUUGUGGGUUGCUAAUAGAGCGUCGAUGUGGACUGGUGCUCAAGACUCAAAACCGUUGUUGGAGUUUGUUGAGGAUCUGGAUACAUAUGCUUAUGUAUUGUGA